AUGAAGGAGGAAGAGAGCAAAAAAGUGGCGAGCGGUUCUGCUCGGAUAUCGUUCAGUCCGGCAGACGAUGAUCUUGAUCGUUCGUUCGAGCAUAUUCUUAACAAC